GACACGUCCUCUCCCUCUUGGCUCCGCCAUCCCUAAGACUCCUUCAAGGCAAGGGUGCAUUGGGUGGGUCUGCUUGUGAAAAGGGCAUUCUGAUCCCAUCCCAUCCCUUUAAUCUUUCUAUUGCUUAUUGUCAAUGGAGGAAAGCAGUCCUACAGCAAGGGGGAAACAUGUACAGCUUACUUUUGUUCUAAGGAAAUGGAAGUUGAAGGCGAUCCAAGAAAUGGUCUUCAUUAAUAAGUUUGCUAUGUGUCUUGAAGACCAGAAUAAGAAAACAAAGGAAAUGAAAGCCUUCAGUUGUGGCUCCAAAAUGAGUUCUCUCCAGUUUAUUUUCAUCACUUUCUUAGUUAUUCUGCCUGUUGACAGUGUUAAUUCAAUGCAGCUGACAGUGAUUGGACCACUCCACCCAGUCACUGCCUCUCUGAGGGAGGACAUUGUGCUCCACUGUUACCUGUUCCCCAGGACAAAUGUUCAGAAUAUGGAGAUAACAUGGUUCCGUUCCCAGAACUCUUCAUAUGUACACCUUUAUCGCAGUGGCAAAGAUCAUCUGGAACAGCAGCAACCAGAAUACCAAGGAAGAACAGAAUUUUUAAAAGACGGCAUCGGGGAUGGAGAGAUUGGGCUGAAAAUUCUUAACAUUAGCCUUUUUGAUGAGGGACACUACCACUGCUCUGUUAAGAAUGGGAGUUUCCAACAGGAAGCCACAUUAGAUAUGAAAGUGACUGCAUCAGGGCCUGCUCCUCUCCUUUCCAUUGAAGGUUAUCAAGACAGAGGGAUCCGAGUGGUUUGCCGUUCCAGUGGCUGGUAUCCAAAGCCUGAGGUCCUGUGGCGAGAUCUCAGGGGGAGGCCUCUGCCUACACUGGCAAAAACAAAUUCCCAGAGAAAUGAUGGGACAUUCAAUGUACAAAGUGACAUCAUUCUAAGAGGAGGUUCAAACUUGACUUGUGUUAUCAGAAACAACCUUCUUGAUCUGGAAAAGGAAUCCACCAUCCAUAUAACGAAUCACGUCUUCCCCAAAAUCUCAUCCUGGAUAGUAGCUCUAUGUCUUUCCCUAACAGCUGUGGUUGGACUCACUAUAUUUAUUUUUUAUCUACUGAACAGAAACAAAAAGCUGACCACAGAACUGGAUUGGAGGAACAUGGUGAUACCAAUAGAAAAAGCAAACAUAGUUCUGGAUCCAGACACGGCCAACCAUGACCUGAUCCUGUCCGCAGACCAGAAAACCGUCAUACAGGGAUUCAUGUGGCAGAGCCUACCAGACAAUCCUAAGAGAUUUAAUAUAGAGCGCUGUCUGCUGGGAAGGGAGGGAUUUUCCUCCGGGAAGCAUUAUUGGGAAGUAGAAGUCGGAGAGGAGGGGUACUGGGCCUUGGGAGUGGCUAGAAAUUCCAUGAAGAGGAAGGGAAGGCUCAUCCUUGUCCCAGAGGAAGGAAUCUGGGCAGUGGGGAAGGACCGGCUCCAAUACCAAGCUCUUACCGUCCCCAAGACCCCUCUGGCUCUGAAGAAGAAGCCCAGGAAACUCGGGAUUUACUUGGAUUAUGAGAUGCAACAAAUUGCCUUUCAUGAUGUCAAUCACCAAACACAUAUAUUCACCUUCUUCUCGGCUGCGUUCAGUGGGGAAGUGAUCUUCCCCUUCUUCUAUGUAGGGGUAGGGUGCUGGCUUAGGCUCUGUCCUUGAUGGCUUCCUUUUAAGAGGUUCAAUCAGCCAAUGAAAUACGAUAGAGCUAUCCUUCACAUUCUGUGGCCGGUCCUAUCAUUAAGUAGAGACAGGCAGCUCAUUUUCCGUAUCUUGCAAGGGGUGUAAAUUGUCAUUUAUGGAUCCCUUCUUCUUACUACAGCUUUACAGUCAUGAAGAGGGAGAAGCUUCUAUCUUUUGACUAGGUGGAAGGAUGUCACUCACCUCAGGCAAGAAAAGUUUGAGGCCAGCCCUCUCUAUGCCUUACUUACUUGUUGCUGAUUUAUCUUAAGUUGUUUCCUCCACUUGACCCCCCACAAUCCUGGAAGUGGGUCAGGAAUGGGGAAACAACCUUGCAGCAAUAGGCUAAGGUGUGCAGGUGUAUUAUAGGUGUAUUAUGUGAGGGGGAGAGCAACAUUUUUUGCAGUCAGGGAUUACAUUCUUUUUUUUAAAAAAAUUUUCAGCCUCUAUGAGAUCCUGGGGACAUGGUAGUGACAUAGUUAUGAAUGGAGGCUAGAAUUUUAAGCCUUUUUUCCCUCUUUUUUGGGGUUUGUUUUUAAAAUAGGAUACUGUAUUAAUGCAGUGGGAGGCUUAAUGCACCUACUCUGAGGCUUAGUUAUUUUUUAAAAAUCGUGAACAAUCUUGUUCUUAUAAUUCAGCAAACUAAGGCUGGGUUUGGGAAGAUGGUCUUGACAGCCCUGGAAAUAAAAUGGAGAGAGCCAGGCUGAGCAGCUUGUAAUCCACAGGUUGCCUCUCAUGAGCGAGGGAAAGGGAAUGUGCAGGGUGGAAGAGAAGGUUGUUUAUUCAGUGCAUCCUCCCUGCAAAUUCUUCCCUUGCUCCCUUUGAACAGGAAUGGGUACAGAUAGUCCUCACUUAGCAACCACAAUUGGGACUGGCAACUCCAUCGCUAAGCACUGCGGUCGUUAAGUGAGACAUCCCGUGACCGCACCUUGCAGUUUUACUGCCAGUUUAUCCAUUAAUUCUGAUUGUUGGGAGCUGGUUGUGAAGCACACGAAUGGCAAUCAUGUGGCUGCAGGACGCUGCAAUGGUUGUAAAUGCAAG